AUGCAGCCUUACACGGUACUUCUGGCUCUUGCUACCCUCUAUGUCCCUCAUGUGAAUGCAGCCGAGGCCACAGACAUGGGCCCAGCAGCAUUUCUCUGGCCUCCAGAUCGGGCAUGGGGAGCAGCGCAAGACAACACUGCACCCUGUGGUUCCUCCGCUGGAGUGACAAACCGGACAGAUUUUCCGUUGAGUUGGUUGCCCUAUAUAAUCUUUGUUCAACAUAGCAUACUAACGAAACCAGCAAAUGGCGAAGUAUCUCUGGUUCUCCAAGAUGAAUCAUACAAUGUCAAUCUAGCAAUCUCCUACAACAGCAAUCCAACCUCAAACAGCGACUUCACUACUAUCGUAUCCUCAACCAACUUCCCAGACCUGGACCCAGGCCACGAAUGCUACUCCAUCCCAAACCCACCCUCAAACAUCACCUCUGGCGCACUCGCAACACUCCAACUCUCCUACCUCUCAACAUUCAACACGGAGACUAACAGUACCUUCUACGCCUGCGCUGACAUAACCUACGUCCCCCUCGCCUCAUUCACCACGAAUGUUCUCUGCUUCAAUGUCUCGGAACCUACCACUACUGGUUCCACAUCGAGUAGUAGCUCCGCUACAUCAACUAGUUCCUCAAAAUCUUCUCCAAGUAAAAGUGGAGGCCUGUCCGGCGGCCAGAUUGCAGGUAUAGUCGUCGGCUGCAUUGCCGGAGUGGUUCUAGCCACCGUUGCGAUAUUCGUUCUCUGGACCAGAUAUCAGAGAAAGGUACAACGGGACAAAGUCGUUGCUGUUCGGAUGAGCGAUUGGGCCAACCAGCCCGGCAAGACAGCGCCGAAGGGAUCGAAUGAGGUCUGA